AUGGUCUGGAUUGCGGCGCGUACUCCAGCAUGUAUUUCUCCAGUGGGAAUAACGGGGUUUGACACGGGUGUUGACGAGCGAAAGAGAUGGUGUGGAAUGCGAGUCCCGUCUUCGUGUAGUAAUGUUGUCAGCGGAGCGCUAGUAGAGAAGGUCCCUGCGGUCCUUGUGCUGCUUCCAAAAGUUUUGAUUGCCGUAUCUUCGAAGAUCCUCUUGCAAAGGUUCUGCAACUGGUACUGGCUACCGUCGCUCGAGAUGUGA